AGGUUUUGACAUGUGUCAGCUGACCUGAUGAAAAAUUCGAUAUUCCUCGACAUCCCAUACUUGUCUUCAGUUAAUUUUUAUUAAAAAAUAAAAUCUUUCACAAAAAAUGGCUCUGCACUCAGCAAUUAAAGGAAAACUUAUCUCUGUUAUUGGAGACGAAGACACUUGUGUAGGAUUCUUGCUCGGAGGUGUUGGCGAAAUCAACAAGAAUCGUCACGCCAAUUUCAUGGUCGUUGACAAAAACACACCAGUGAGCGAAAUUGAGGAUUGUUUCAAGCGUUUUCUUAAACGCGAUGACAUCGACAUCAUUCUAAUUAAUCAAAACUACGCUGAGCUCAUUCGCCAUGUAAUCGAUUCGCACACCUCACCUAUUCCUGCGGUCUUGGAGAUUCCAUCCAAAGAUCAUCCAUAUGAUGCAAGCAAGGAUUCAAUUUUGAGACGUGCCAGGGGCAUGUUCAAUCCCGAAGACUUGGUCCGUUAAACGUUUCCGGCGAAUAUGGACUUUUUUUGGGUCAUAAAGUAUUAGUUUCCAAUUGUUUUGUGUAAAAUAUAAUCCAUCUUGUUAAUCAAAUAUUUAGUUUCUUUAUCGUUGCUGGCUUGAUGUGCAUUUUCAUUCCAAUAAAAAGGAUUUUGUUUUCUGGUUGAAUCUUAAAA